AUGACGUCCUCCCAUUCUAACCGCGCAUAAGCGGCUCCGGGAGCGCGCAGCGCAGUGAUCGGUGGUGCGCUGUGUCCCUCGGACACAGUGGAUCACUGAUCAACAGAAAGAGCCUAAGAUGGGACAUGUACACUGAUCAUCAGGGCACUGUUAGUGUCCAUCAGUGCCAGCUCUCAGUGCUCAUCCAUGCCACCUGCCAGUGCCCAUCAGUGCCACAUCAAUGCCACAUAUCAGUGCCCAUCUGAGCUGCCUUUCAGUGUCACCCAUCAGUGCCACCUAUCAAUGCCAGUCAGUGCCAUAUAUGAGUGCUGCCUUUCAGUGCCCAUCAGUGAUGCCUGUCAAUGCCCAUCAGUGCCACCUACCAGUGCCUCCUCAUCAGUGCCACCUAUCAGUGUCCGUCAG